AUGGCAUCCAUGUCUAUGGCUACUGUGAUGCAACGUGUGUUUCCCUGUUUUGCUCCACGGACGAAGAGGGCUAUAGUCAUUGGCGCACCGACAGAUGUACGACAUUUAGACAUCUCAGAAUGCAUACCCGGUCUCUCAGAGGCGCAAUGUGAACAAAUACGGAACAAGAGCAGGAGCAAUGCCACAAGCUUACUUGACUUCGGAACUGAAGUGCUGCCGUAUCCACCCAGUCUUGCUACUCGGGAUAUAUCGACGCGCGGGUCUGGAUCGGAAUAUGAGGACUCGUGGGGGAAAUCAAAAUCUUGCCUGUCGUUGAACGACUCGUUGGUGAAUGAUGCGGCAAAGAAGUCGCCGACUGAUGUCGCGAUACCGCCACGGGCGGCACGUAAGAAGAGUAGUAUGAUGGAGUUGGAGAUGGAGGAUAUGCUGGAGACUGAGACCCAGUCUCGGGGUGAUGUUCGUGAUCAGGAUGCGAUCAUGUACGAGACACUGCCCGGCCAACAAAAGACUCAGAAAUGA